AUGACUGAGAAACGUCAAGACCCAGCCGCUUGUAAGUCGGGACCCAAGGCUAACCGGAGCCAGGGGGCCAUCCAGCUCUGGACGACAUCUACAAAUGCGCCAGCGACUGUUGUUACUCAGAAGUUCUCUGCAUCGGAGCCUUCUCCUCCUUCACCGGCAUCCGAGGAAGAAGAGGAAUUUCCCGACCUUGACGCCAAGGGAUGCCUUGCGGUGGAGAAGGAGAUCUCUGCUCGCACUGAGACACAGGCACUUGAGAUCAUGCCAAAGUUUACCAACCUCAAUGGCUGGACUAGUUCGCCUGAGAGGAUACACAUGCCCAAGUCGAUAGUACCCAUUCAGGUUUCACAACCUGCAACUCCUUCCAUCCCGGUUUCAAAACCAAAGCAGCGUUCUAUCGCUUCAUUCUUUACGCCUCAGCCCAAACCUGCCGAGCUUGCUCGAAAGGAACAGACUGCAUCUCAGAGUCAUAAAGCCGUCAUAUACGAGGCCCUCAAGGAGGACAUGUGCCAUGAAGUCGUUCCUUUAGAACUGCUCCCGGCAAGCUUCCUUGCACAUCUACUUGAGUCAGACGAGAGACAAAAGCAAUAUCUCUUUUGCAAAUCAAAAGGUUACACGCCUGUCCGCGCGAUAUUGGCUGUUGUUGACCCUCAAAAGACUGCCCAGCAACGGCAUGCCCACGAGUCUUUGCAACAAACAACCCGUGUUCAGAUGCUGAGAAAGGGUGUCAUAACCGCAAUCUCAAGGGAUCCCCUGCCACCUGAGCCACGCUUGGUCCUGCUUGAGUGCGGAGUCUGCAAACGAAAAGCGACAGACCGCAAGCCCCAGUAUUUGGUUGAUUCAAACAGGUACAUCCUAUCUGUGCAAUGUAGUAGUGGGCACGGGGCAAUGCGUGCCAUCGACACUGAUAUGCAAACAAUCAAGCUGUGGACUAUCACGCGUCGGAUAAAUGCAGUAUUGCAGAAAUCCGGUCUUAUGUCUUCCAAUACCGAUGACAUCGCGCGUAUAGCGCAGAGCGUAAAGUCCGAGUCUUUGCGGAAUGAUGAUACUGAUGCCAGGAUUCUUGACAUCAAGGGCACCAAAGGUAUUAAUGAUCUUCGUCGUGGCCCGCGAGGGAACGACCCCAAGCAGAUCGAGGUCAUCUGCCAACGUUGCGUGAAGACACGUACGAUGGAUAAGGCACCACUGUUCCAUGUUGAGAAUGGCAAGUACUUGGCGAGGCAUUUCGUUUGCAAAGAAAGUGGCUGCAAGUCUGGAAGUCGAGGAAACGUGUUUAUCCCCUACCAUUCGCCCGGUACUCGACAGGCUGACAAAAUACCCUGGAUGCCUAUGAAGAGAGCCGAGCACGAGGUCAAUGGGAUCAACAAAGCGGCCAAGGUAGAAGCUGGCGUGAUGGUGCCUCCACCAAAGAAUUCGACAGGUUAUAGUUACGGCGACAUCAAAGCGAUGUGCCAGAAGAAGCCUGACGUCAAGCACAAGGUCACGAUUUGCCAGACUUGUAAGAGGACCGAAUUCACUGAUACCAAGCCGCUCUUUUAUCAAGAUACUGAUGGGUUGAAAUACCUCGCCUUGGUUCGUGCUGGUGCGUGUUCGUGCUGGUGCGUGUUCGUGUGA